GGAGGUUGUCGUGAAAAGUUGUGUGAGGUGACAGAUGUGUGGCAGAAAUUGAAGCUCUAGUUCUAUUUUGCAUAUUUUUGGACUUGAUGGCUUUAUGUUUUCCCACAAAGUGUGAAAUGUGUUUGCAUAACUUUAUUUUUAUAGCUCAUUUAAGUACUUUUGAGAGCGCUCUGGGGGAGGAGUGGAUACGUAGUUUUUAGAGACUUUUGUGCAGGGCGCUGACAAACUGCUUGGGCCGGCGGUGUCAGAAUGUCUUCCAAGUCCACCGCUGUCUCCGAGCCGCCGUGUCGUCUGCGGCGAGCCCUGAAGAGAGUGUUCGGCUUCGAGUCCUUUCGUAGCCCCGUGCAGGAGGAGGCUGUCAGAGCGGUACUUAGAGGAAAGCAGGAUGUCUUUGUUUGCAUGCCAACUGGCGCGGGGAAAUCUCUCUGCUAUCAACUGCCAGCCGUCAUGGCCAAGGGGAUCACGAUUGUUAUCUCUCCGCUUAUUGCACUAAUUCAGGAUCAAGUGGACCAUCUUUUAGCACUAAAAGUAAAUGCCUGCUCUUUGAAUUCCAAACUGACCGCUCAGGAAAGAGGGAAGAUCCUAACGCACCUGGAAUCUGAGAGUCCUCCCAUUAAGCUGCUCUACAUCACCCCUGAAAUGGCUGCAUCGGACUCCUUUCAGCCUUGCCUGUCCUCACUCCUGUCCCGUGGACUUCUGUCUUACCUUGUCGUCGACGAGGCUCACUGCGUCUCCCAGUGGGGACACGAUUUCCGGCCAGAUUACCUGAAACUGGGCGGUCUGCGGGACCGUUUGCCAGGUGCGCCGUGUAUAGCGCUGACGGCCACGGCCUCUAAAAAGGUUCAGGAUGACAUCGCCGCGGCCCUGCAUCUGCAGAAGCCCCUGGCUAUUUUCAAGACCCCUUGUUUCCGGAAGAAUCUCUUCUACGAUGUUGUAUACUGUGACCUGACAUGUGACUUGUUUGCCAACCUGAAAGAGUUCUGCGUCCAGUCUUUGGGAGUCAAGAAUACAGAAGGGAAGUACCCUGGAUGUGGAAUUAUUUACUGUCGCACCAGAGAUGGCUGUGAUGAGCUGGCAUCUCAACUUUCUCAGAGAGGAGUUUUGUCCAAGGCCUACCAUGCAGGUUUAAAAGCUCCAAACAGAACAGAGAUACAGAAUGAAUGGAUGGAAGGGAAGGUUCCUGUCAUUGUCGCCACCAUCAGCUUUGGAAUGGGAGUGGACAAAUCAAAUGUCAGAUUUGUAGCCCACUGGAAUUUGGCUAAGUCACUGGCCGGGUACUAUCAGGAAACGGGCCGUGCUGGAAGAGAUGGCGCCCCCUCUAACUGCAGACUUUACUAUUCCCGGACAGACCGGGAACAAGUCAGGUUCUUACUGCAGAAAGAAGUUUCAAAGAAACAGGCAAAACACGGCACCGUUAAGGACGUCGAUAAAGGAACCAUUGCUGGCUUUGAGGCUUUGGUGUCAUUCUGUGAGAAGGAAGGGUGCCGCCAUGCUGCCAUCGCUCAGUAUUUUGGAGACGAGAAACCCCUCUGUGGAAAAUCCUGUGAUUACUGCAAGACUCCAGCUGCAGUGAGGCAACACAUAGAGAAUGUCAAACAGCUAGAAGCAUCUUGGGGGAAGACCUGCAUAAGACCAGCUGCCAAGGCGUCCGGGCCGUUUGGCUUUCAUGGGGACCUAUACGAAGGGGCGCGGUAUGGCUACGGCUUUGAAAGAUGUGAUGAGGAUUCAGAAGCUGAUAAGGAUGACUCUGAUCAUCGAAAGAAAGAAUGGAGCAGUUUUUACCAAAAACAAAUGGGUUUGCGACGGGAUAAGGAAAAACCAAGAGAGGAGUUUGUUCCUCCAGACCCGGAUUGCCGUCUUCUGGAGGCUGCCAGCCAGAAAAUUCCAAAGCUUACAGUAAAGGCCCGGGAGUAUUGUCUUCAAAUGCUGGAGGAAGCUCUGAAUUUUCAGAAAGACAGCAGCGUCGCAGCAAAUCGAGCAGCAGAAAUGGAGUACGAGGCCUUUAAAGCGUGCAAGUCGUCCAAUUUGUACAAGGCAUCCAUACUGAAGAAGGUUUCAGAAAUAAAAAAGUCUUUGACCGACGGGCGGCCGUUCCCAGACAGGACUGAAGGAGCUGACGCUGAGGGACAAAACAACAAAUCGGGAAAUGCCGAGCCUGGAGUGCCCUCCGAAGGCUUUGUGCCCGCCUCUCAGCUUUAUUCAUUUAAACCCAAGCGUAUCGGGGCCGGACUCCGAGGCUCAUCCAUUGUUUUUCAAUGCGCCUCUGCACUCGUGUCCGCCGGGAAUGCUGACAGCGAAGAGUCCGACGCCGGCACUCCAAAUGAGAAAGAACAACCUGAGCAAAUAUGUGGGACGUCUAAAAAGCGCUUUUCAUGGGACUGUCCCCAGAACAAUAAAAAGUUGUCCAAGAAGCAGACUAAGCUGGCUGAAUCAGCCAAGAAGGAUUCCCAAAAUAUUUCAAAAUUCUUCGUUCGGAAAAAGGAGACUGACGACGUGGGGACGGCUGAGGUGCCGUCUUUAAGUGAAUCCGAGGAAAGCACAGGAGCUAAAAGUGAGCCGCCGGUAGCCCCCUGUGACAAAGACCUUCCUGUGGAGACGGCAGCCCCUGAAGUGGGCAGUGACGGCCGUGCAGAUCAGAUGGCGUCGUCGGUGUUGGGGGACAACCAGAAUGGCACUUGUCUUGAGCACUUGGGAGAAGGGCAGAGAAGCUCAGCAUUUGAGAUGGAGACGACUGGAAUUGGAGACGCAAUUUCAAGACUUGAGAAAAGGUCGCUGACCCAAGAGGACGACAAAAGUCCCGAUGUGCCCAGCGUGAAGAGGCCACGCACUGGCGCCGUUUCGUCAAUACUCUGUCAGCCCGAAGGGAAGGAGACCACCACCAUGAAAAAGAAGGUGACCUUUGAAGAAACCACAGCUGACGACGCCACCACUGCUGUGCCUCCGUGUGACCAGGAGACCACCACGCGACAGCCGGUGUCUCUGAAGGAAGCCGCAGAGAUCGUCGUCAAAUACCUGACUCCCUUCUAUAAGGGGGGCCGCUUCGCAUCCAAGUGUUCUCUCGUGUCCCCAACACAGGAACUCUUCAAGACGUUUGCCAGAUUCCUGUCUCACCUCCUAGUGGAAGGAAAGACGGUCUACCGGAAAAACGUCAAGGAGUCGGCCCUGAAGAUUAUCAAGAGCUUCUUCAGGACUCACCAGAAGUGCGACAGCGAGGAUGACUGGAGUUACCUGCAGGGCAAAGACUGACGCUGUGGUACGGCGGAGGGGCUGGGAAUGUUCUGGAAGGUACCGAGUCCUCCAUCGCAACACCUGCUGCCCCUUUUUAAUCCUCGGUGGAAGCUGCUUUUAGGGUUGAGAACGUCGUGGAGGAGAGGAGUGAAUUGGACCUGGUGGGACGAUCGCCUGCCCAGUGGGCACAACUCAACUCUAUCCCUUCAAAAUUAUUAUUUUUUUUUUCGUGGCCAGUAUGGAUGCUGGCGCAAGUGACAGAGACGGAGAGAGGAGUGUGCACUUUGUGUCCAGAACGGGGGGACGUUUAAAACAAUAAACAGAAACACUUCGCCGAAUGCAUGGCUGGAGAGCGCGCCACUUGGCUGUAAAAUGUAGGAUGACAGUUUUAUUCGAAAGCCCACCUCGGGUCGGUGGCACCCCACUAAAUGUAGGUGCACGUGUCUUUGUGAUCAGGCUGACGCUGUCGAAACACUCCUGGCUGAAGAUCUACGGGCCGACGUACGGUUUAGGGUUCAGGGUUCGUUUUCUCCGCUCGAAUAGGUGCAAAGUAAAUUCAUAGACAGCCCACUUUUGCGUUUUAGCGGAUUGCCGGAGUUGCGAAUGCGAGUUCAUAACUCUUUGUGGGUCAUCGUAAAGAAUGGGUAACGCCGUUCCUGUCUGAAGACCCUCAGCUUGGUACAAAUCGAUAAACCGUUUCAAGUCUCCUACUCUUUGCCGUCAGUUGUUUUUCCCCAAAAGCCCACUUUAGUAUUCAUCAGCUGUGGUGCACCGCCAAGCGAGAGUACGGGACUCGGUGGGACCCUCGUAAUGGAUGUCGAAAGAGUCUCAUCGUGGAGUCGUUCCCGGCCUACAGGACCCCCUUCGUGGCGUCAAGAGUUCGUUUUCAUCGAAAGCCCACUUAUGUGUUUGGUGGACUGCCGUGUCUGAUCAUCGUAAUGGACGUUCUGGAGACGCGGGGACCGAAAUCGUUGAGUUGUUGCUGGCCGAAGAUCUUCAGGACUCGUUUCCGUGUAGUUUUUUCCGUUUUAUUGGCUGUCCUUCAGAAGGAUGCGAGUUUUUCCAACACCGUGUUUGUAUUCAGCAGAUUGCUGUUGCACGAUUGAAUGUUGAAUGCGUCAACGUGUUUCGUUUUUGUCCCGUGUUUGAACAUUUGGUGUCUGGCUGUGGAUCUGCAGGCCACAUUUGAUUUAAGGAUAUCAAACUACUAACGAGGCUCCAUUUUAUGACACUUUAUAAUUAUUCCAAUUUAUGUUUCGGCAUUGAUGUUCGUUUGGGAAAACUGGUGUCGCAGUUGGCCAUCUUGUAGGCGGCAGCCGCAGCAAAGGAGACGUUCUACAUGCCAGGGUGAGAUGACGUUCAGGCCAAUAACGUGUACAAAUAUCCCAUUUAAUGUGAAUUGUUGGAAUCUCGAUGCAUGGCGCCAAAAAAAAAAGAUGAGUUGUUUACCUUCGACUCCCAAUUUUCUGCUUCUUCUCGAUGGACGUUUGCCUCAUCCCGAGUGACGCUGACAUUUCACGUUUUGUGUGAGCUCAACUGGCCGACUCGGACACAUGAUGUCACGCGGGCCUCCUCGUCUGUGGUACUGGGACAUGCUGGGCGCAGCUGGUGGUCUUCGGUCCGCCUGCGGUGGGCCGCAUCGACAAAACUUAAGGUCUACUGGUAAAGAGAAGAACUUGAAUUGUUAGCUGAUUGAGUAGUCGUUGCAGCUCAUCUGAGAAGAUCGGUUAGGAGCGAAAUCCCUGCAUGAUUAGGCACUUUCAGAACACUUGAUUGUGUUUAUUUAUUUUUCCCCCCCAAUUGUUUUCUUGGUUAUGAGAAGUGACAUUUGUGACCUCCUGGCAUUGGACCACCGCCUUAGCCGAGUCUGCGUAUCUCGAGUUUGUAUUCCGCAGUGACUUGACUGGACUCUUAUGGAUUUUCUUGUUUGUAUUUUUCACAAACGUUGCAAUUUAAGAACAGCAAGUUGAGAGUGAAAGUUAAGUCCAUCAGCGCUGUCGUCACCUUGGUGGUCCGCACUACAACUCACUUAAGGUGAGAAACCUCUACACUGUGACCGGAGAUGCCUUAUCGGCCAUAUUGGCAGAAUUCUCUGCAAACGCUAAUGUAACAGAAAGAAGCAAUAAAAAGCUAUUGAUGAACCCCA